GAUACAGUCAGUGAGAGAUGAAAUAGUCUUUAAAAUAAAUUUUUAAUUUGCUACUUUUUUAAUAAUUGCAACCUGAUUGAGUUGAUCCUACUUCUUCUUUUGUGUCCUGCCACUCUGGCUGGGCACAUGGAGACACUGUAUUCCUGGAAGGCGGUUGACUUUGUUUUUCCCUCGGAGGAAAUCAGGACCGAAAGUCUCGCCAACGGAGAUUUCAUUCCUGAAAACAAUCUGAUUAUCGACGUUGACACAUGGGCAGAACAUGGAAGGGACCGGAAGAUGUUUGUCACAAUGCCCAAACUCAAGGUAGGGGCUCCAGUAACCCUUGCGAUGGUGACAGACCAACAACGAGAUAAUGUGACUCUCCUACAACCCUACCCGGACUGGUCGUGGCACCAGGGUGGCUGUGAUGGGAUAAACUCUGUGUUCCGGACUCACGUGGACAGGUGCGGAAGGCUGUGGGUUUUAGACUCUAGUGUUAUCAACGUUUUCACCACCUUUGAGAGAAAAUGUCCCCCGCAAAUAUUGAUCUUUGAUCUCCGUACAGAUACUCUUAUCAAGCGUUACAGGAUCUCAGAUUCUGACCUGGACCAUAGAAAUCUUCUUCUCAACAUCGCUGUAGAUACAAGAACUCCAGACUGUAGUGACGCUUUUGCUUACAUCUCUGAUGCCGUGUCCUACAAGCUGAUUGUGUAUGACUCCGCUAAAGACAAGUCCUGGAGAGCCUCUGGGGACUGUUUUGGUCCUUACGAAGAAGCCUUAAAAUUCCACACUGCUGAUAAACACUACAAGCUCAACUUUGGAAUGUUCGGCCUAGCUUUGGGUCCUCUCCGCAACAACGGUGACCGCACCCUUUACUUCCACAGUCUCACCAGUGUAAAAGAGUCUUGGGUAACGACCUCUGUCCUCCGCAACAGUCAGCUGUUUCUCGAGGACCCUGACGGAGCUGCGGACAGCUUCCAUGAGUUCAACGCCACCAGAAGUUCACAAUCUGCUGCCGAGGACAUGUCCGAUUGUGGCAUCAUGCUCUACUCCUUGGUGGGUGACAACGCCAUUGGUUGUUGGAACUCUCGUCUGCCUUUUGAGGAAGAAAACAUGGACAUUGUAGCAAAGGACGAUGAAAGACUUCAGUUUCAAAGUGGAUUGAAAAUCUAUGGGGAUGAUGUGUGGACGUUGAGCUGUCGAUUUCAAAACUUCUACUUGAAUCAGGUCCCCAACGAGGAGGUUAACUACAGAAUUAAUAAAGGAAGAUUAUCUGAACUUGUGAAGAAUACCAGAUGUGACCCGGCUGUUGUGGCAAAUUCUCAUACAUCUGCAAUUGAGUUUCACUACCUUUGAUGUUCAAUAUGUUGACUAACUUAAAACUCUCAGGGAGGUAGCAUUUUCAUCAUAUGGAUUACAGAUCCAUGUUGUAAUUUUAUUGUUUAUACAAACUACAUAAAAGUAUGAGUUUAUUUAUUUAUUGUAAGUUUAA